UGACUGCCUCCUUGUUUCCAUUCCUCCCCCCCUUUUUUUGCGCCUCCCUCUCCCCUCUUGCUUCCCGGUUUAUAUUGCUCUUCCGUCCCGUCGCCUCCCCCUCUCCGUGAGGCCCAUCCCCAAUGUCCAAGAGGCGGCUAUUUCGUUGGCCUGCCCGCCGCACUGCCGGCCUGGGAUGUCUUGCUCUCCUUGUCACCUCCAUGGUAUCUUGGUAUCUUUACGGUACACGGCCCUAUGAACCCCAACCAGCUCACCAAGAAACUCCCAAUAACGACCACGACAUCGUGACGUCCCAACUGGCCCAACUCACCGGUACCUACAGCAAUGCGACAAACGACAUUGGCUUGGUAUUAGCUGCGACCGUGAAAGAGGACCUCACCUGGCUCCUCAACUACUGCAAAGACCACGGUUCAAUUCCCUUUAUCUACACGACCGAUCAGCCCCCUGCCCCCCACCUUCUUGUUCCACGCACCAUCCGUGGUCGCGAAGCCGCCGCAUACCUUUCCUUCGUCGUCGACUUCUACCACCAACUUCCGAAGUAUACCAUCUUCAUCCACUCGAACCUCGACCAAUGGCAUAAUGACCUCUUCGGUCCCCAUACCAGCCCCGCGCUGAAGAACCUCCGACUUGAGGCCGUCGACGCGCAGGGUUAUGUGAACCUUCGGUGCGAGCACGACCCGGGAUGUCCCACGAGCGUGCACCCCUGGAGCCCGACACAGAUCGAUAUCGAGAAGGACGACAUCCGCGCGUUUUUCCCGGAAGUGUACGAGACGAUAUUGGGCGUACCGGCUGAGAAGGUGCCCGAACACAUCGGAAACGUGUGCUGCGGACAGUUCGCCGUCAGCCGCGAACGGAUACUGGAACGGCCACGUGAGGACUACGAGCGUAUGCUGAAGUGGGCAGAUGAGACGGAGCUGACGGAUAGUUUCGGCGUGGGAUGGGUGUAUGAGAAGAUCUGGCAUAUCAUUUUCGGGAUGGAUGUGAUAUAUUGCCCCCGGUACGAGCAAUGCCGGUGCGACACGUACGGAUGGUGUGGACCAUUGGCGUCGGGUGAGACACUGCAGGCAGUGCGAGCGAAGAAGUCAUAAUCUAAUGGAUGAUUGUUAAUGCAUGAUGUAUACUAUCAUGAUUGGGGAUAUCAGGUUGCAUUUGGUUUGGUUUUCUUUGUUAUGAUUCGUGAUCUAAU